AUGUAUUUGUGAUCUACGUAGUUGAAAGAAUUCGGUUAAGGAACCCAGCAGGAUUAUGAUGAUCAAAGCGGAGGACAUGAAUGACGCUAGACAACAAGUUAUUAAAAUGUUUCAUAUACCCAAAGUCUUUUAUUGAUGCUGGAUGAGUGACGAUUAAAAGAAUGCUAUGCAGUAUUGACAUUCUCUUGAGGUUGCCUUAAUUUUAUGUGACUAUACAUAGCCCGAUAUGGUAAGGGUAAGUAUGAUUCAAAGGUAAGUCUAAAUUCUGAAAAAUACAUUAAUUAAUAGGAAUUACGUCUUGCUUUCCGAAUUAUUCGGUUUCAAAAAUGACGGAGGAUUUUCGAUUUUUGCUUUUAUUUYGUGUUUCAAAUGACGUCGAUAUUACAUCGAUUGCGCGUUCUGUCGCUUCGAAGACGGCGCAAUAUCGAUUCCAACUCCCCCUCAUUUGAAGCCACGGCAAAUAAUCGAUUAUACUUCCAACCAUCUUUGAAACGUCGAAAUAUUGUUCAUAUAUCUUUCUCUCUAAUAUCGUUGUGUGGAAACGACUUUUACUUGAGAAAUUACUUUACAUGUCACGCUAUCAGCAGAGAUUGCUGGUAGACAAUGUAAAAUCUGGCCUGGUACUAAAAAUAAAUAAAAAAAGUUCCAUUUAAACUCAAUUGUUCUUUUUGCUUGUAUUCUGCAGUCACUGAGUGCCUAUGUGUAUCAUAAAGGCAUUUUCUAUUUCGCUGGUGGUUUUGAGAUCUCACUUAUAUUUCUGUCAAUUUAUGGGACAAAAUGAUGAACUGUAUACAUUGACAUAUUCGCUUGUGCAUUAUAUAUUCUUAGUCACAUAUGAUGUCAGUAAAGUGAAAACUAUAGAGGCAAAAGAAGGAGACACCAUAUGGGGCGAAAUCGAGUUCAAAGGAGGUGAUUUGCCAAAGGCAACUACAAAGUGGCAAAAGGAGAGCAAUUCCUCAUUUCAAGGAUCAGGGACGCUAAAGAUCGAAAAGUUGUCAAAACACCAUGCUGGAAAAUACAUCUUCAGGGUUAUAGAUGCUGGUAGUGGAUUGGUUAGAGCUACCUACACGAUAAAUAUUUGGGUUGAAAUUUCCUUGUCACUGGAAUUUGAAAUAAAAAUUCUAAACUGGAUAUACACAGAACAACUAAAGAACAGAUCAUCCACUGAGUACAAAGAAUUUGAGAGGCAUUUUCAUAAAGAGAUGAACAGAACAUAUGCAAACUUUACCGGAUAUCAAGGGGUGGAAAUCAAAGAAUUGAGAAAUGGCAGUACACAUGUACGUUACCGGUUCAAGUCCAUCACUGUAGUCAAGUCCAGUUCUCAGACUACGACUGGCGCAAAAGUCRAGGCAUCACAAAUUCUUAUCAAUAAUGCCAGAGAUGGAUACAUUGGACAACUUCAAAUCGAUUCGAGCCCUGAAGCGAUGAAAAUAAGUGCUCCACCGCCUUCGCCAGAAAACUUCAGAUUAUUAGGGGUAACUAAAGAUGGUGCUCACAUAGCAUGGGAUCGUCCCAAGAACUCUCCUUAUUUCUUGAUAAAAGGGUACAAUAUUGAGUACUGGAAGUUUGGUUCUUCAACUAUGAAGACUUCCAAAAUGUUUAAGGAUAUUUCAAUCAGAUUAUCAGGCCUUGAACCAGAAACAUCAUAUGUCGCAAGGGUUAUAGCARUAAACGAUAAUGGAAGAGGGUUGGAAAGUGAUAAAAUUGAUAUCAAAACAGAAGCCAGACAACUUCCAAAGUGGACCAUUGCAGUAAUAGUCAUAGUGGUCUUUGUAUGUCUCUUGGUUAUUAUUUUGGUCUUCCUUUGUUAUCGUCGUCGAAAGAAACGGAUUGCAGCAGCACGAGCUGAAAUGACAAUGAAAAGGCUAGAUAAGAUGAAGGAAUCAUAUCCCAAAUCCUAUUUCAACCUYGGCAACUCGUUUACCAUAUCUGAAAAAUGCACAGUUUUCUCCAGAGAAAGAUUUGCUUUGCUGUACGAGGUUGGGUCGGGGCAGUUUGGUGUCGUUUAUAGAGGACAACUGCUGAAUGACAACAACGAAUUUAUCGACUGUGCCGUGAAAACAUAUAAAGAAACAGCUAGUGAUGAAGACGUACGUGAUUUAUACCAGGAGCUAGAUAUCAUGGUSAACMUUGGACGUCAUAAGAACCUUGUCAACGUUAUAGGUGCCUGCGAAGAACCUGGCAAGAGAAAAGGCAGAGAUCAACUGUAUCUGUUAGUGGAAUUUGCGCAACAUGGCUCGUUAAUUAGCUACUUGAAGGAACAKCGAGAGAAUCCAACAGAGAAUCCUGAAUUUGAACUCCAUUAUAUGAAUCGGUUAAAGCUUGCUCAUGGUGUAGCUAGAGGAAUGGCUUUUUUAGCCAGCAAAAGGUGCGUUCAUAGAGAUUUAGCAGCGAGGAACGUUUUACUUGGYGAUAGAUUUGUUGCCAAGGUAGCUGACUUUGGGUUGUCACGUGACAUCUACGAAACGGGAGAGUACGAGAAGACUACUAGUGGAAAACUUCCAGUAAAAUGGAUGGCAAUUGAGUCCCUGGAGCAGCGAAAAUUCUCUUUAGAGACUGAUGUGUAA